AUGGAGACGGAACAACCUCCCCCAACGUUGACGAACCCGCGAUUUACUCUCGAACUCGAAUUCGUUUCAUCUCUUGCCAACCCUUACUAUUUAUCACAUCUGGCAGUCACUUACCCCAACCUCUUGGGGAUCUCCCACGACGAUGACGACGAGUCCGCUUCUCCAGAUGCCCAGGCAUUUGCGGCAUAUCUAGCCUACCUUUACUCUUACUGGAAGACACCAGAGUACUCCCAAUUCCUUACCCACCCAGGCCCCACGUUACGAGCCCUGCGACUGCUUCAGGAGGACAAAUUCCGCCGUGACAUUAUUCUACCCCAGGUCAUCGAAGGACUGGCAGGAAUCAACGUGCCUGCACAAGCCCAGGCCGAGGCCGAUGGGACAGAUGAAAAGCCAGAAGAAGGUCAAAAUGGAAAGACAUGA